AGUCGCUGUGAUUGCUCGCUGGUCCUGGGUUCGCUCCCUACUGGUGGAAACAUGGACUACAAGAGUGCCCUUCGGGAGGAGACGGUGCAAGUGGUGUCCGACUACCUGGAGUACUGCUGCCGGCGGGAAGGCAUCCAGGAACGGCCGCCUACUAGCCCAGCGGCCGCUACCCUGCGCUCGGUGGCCAAAGAGCUCCGCCAGAACUACCAGGACUUCUUCGAGUACGCCCGGAAUCAGCUCCUCGACUGUACUCCUGAGCAAGUCUUGAGAAACGUAGAGGAGCUCUUCAGCCAGGAAGAGUUCAACUGGGGCCGGGUGGCGGUGACCGUGGUUUUUGCCGGGGCGAUGCUGGAGACGAAGGAACCGCAGAAAGAGGAGCGAGCGCAGCAGCUUCGGAGGGAGAUGAGCCGGCGCUUGACCGAAAAACUCUGCUACUAUCUGGUGGAGAAGAAGGGCGCGUGGCUGCACGAAAACGGAGGCUGGACUGGCUUUCACCACCGAUUUACCAAAGAGAAAUCUUCCUCCAAAAGUGACCCAAGUAGUACCCUGUGCUGCAUAAUGGCAGCAGCGGGAUUUGGACUAGUGGGAUUAGCUCUUCUAUUAGCGGUACGAUAAUGGAUUUUAAACUGUUUAUACCAAUCUUGGAAGCAAAGACCUAAGGGAUUUGGAAGAGGACCAGGUGCAGAAGAGAGAAUGGCCACAGUUGUUAAUUACCAUCUGCUAAGAUGAUUAAAUCUAGAAGAAGCAGCCAGAUCAACAUGGAACAUCUCAUCAGGACUGUUAAGGAGCAUUUGAAAAUGUGCACCUUCUGUUUUUUGAUUGAGAAGCUGUCAUCUUGAACAUUGCCGUAACUGAGGAACUAGCCAUUCUCUUUGACCGAUAUCUUCCCCCACCUCCCCAUACCCGUUCUCCUCAUAAACUGGUUGGCUGUUCAGAGACUUUUGCAGAAGGGGACUUGAAAUGUUGGUACUUCAUAUUUUGUAAAAGUAGUUUAUGGUAUGUCUUGUAAGGGGAUGAAGGGAAGCCUCAUGUCUUAUCCAAGAUUUCAAAUGCUUUUAAUAAUGGGUAUCUGAUACCUUUCCUUAAAAAGUAUCAGAUGUCUUACAAUUUAGCAGAUAGUUCAAAGUCCUCUGAAGUCUGGAAUUUCUGGGGUCUCUGUUUCAAUAGAUCUUAAUAUAUUUUCAAAGUAUUUAUCACUUCAGUAUAGCAUCUUUUUUAUUCAUUUUUAAAAUGUUUUAUUAAAAUCAUUUUCUUAUGUGCUUUUUAAAAACGGUCUUAAAUGGGUAAGAUACUCUUUUUAUAAUAUUGCUUUUUCCAUUCCAAAUUCUCUCCCUCUACCUCCCUCUGCCCCAUUGCAAAGGUAAGAAAUACCAACCACUAAAUGAAUAAGUUUGUAUAGGCAGUGUUUUACUCCAGAAGUUAUGAGGAAUUAAUUUCCUGCUUCACAAUUAAUACAUGUCAAGGCCAAUAACACGAUUUUCUUUCGUUCACACAAAUGCAAGAGAAAAAGGUUAGAAAUGUUUAAAAAUGGAUCUGUGGAAAGAGUAUGGCCUGCUGUAGCCAAAUGAAAAACAAGAGGUUCCUAAAGAUUCAAGGGGCCAAGCAUUUAAAUCCAACAUGGAAGCUUAGUUAAUAGCACUCCAUCUUGGAGCUUUUAGAGUGUUACUUUCUAGAAUUAGGACUUGGGGUAGAUGACACUACCAAACUCUAGCAGUUCCCUUUUAACCCCCAGGAUAAAACAUGAAAUGUUCUUUUUGGCAUCUAAAGCCAUUUAGAACCUGGUCCCUUUCUAGCUUUCUAGUCCUAAACUUAUGGAGAUGAUCCAGUGACAGUGUGUAUCUUUUUUUUUUUUUAACUUUUGUCAAGCUUUAUUUUUCCCCUUCUAAUACCAUACCCCCUCUUUAAAAAAAAAAGCCCACCUUUUUAACAAGCAUCGUCAAGCAAGAUGUCUACUUAUUCCUUAAAUACUGCAAACUCCCAUGCCUUUUCACUGGCUUACUCUCAUGUUUGAAAUUCCCUUGUCUUUGUCCCCUGGUCUCAUUCAAGAUUUGUCUCAAAACCAAAUGGCCUCAGUCCUUCCUACUGCUAGUAGUUUUCAUUAACUCUAGUUUUCAUGUUGACUUCUAUUAGAAUGUGAGCUCCUUGAGGUCAGAUCCAUGUUUUUGCCUUUUAUCCUCACUCCUUAGCUAGACAUGCUUAAUUAACAUGAGUUGUACUGAAGCUCUAUGUACCUACCAUAGCUUUACUUUAUGACUGUUAUGUAAGUUUUGUGAGAAAUAUAUCAUUUGUAGACCACAGGGAAUAUAAAAUUUCAUGUGUGAAGAUACUUUUGGACUCCUCUUACCAAUAGUAGGGCAUGUCAUUUUAUUAAAAAUCAGGUAUGAGUGCUUACAACAGUAUUGAGAAAAAAAUGGCAUCUCAAGGAACCUUUCUUAGUUCAGUACCUCUACUUUUUAAGCAGAAGAAAGAGUAAUGAUACAUCAUCUGAUCCACCUGAGCUUUUAAGUCUUGAUUCUAACACAUAUUAGCUGCUACCAACCCUAGGCAAAUCACUUCAUCUUUCUGCAAUAUUCUUAUUUCGACAAACUUAGUUGCUUGAGGUACUGGCUAGAUGUUGAAUCUUUCAGAAGAAGGAUUACUUGUGGAGUAAAUGGAAGCAAGUAUUGGCCUAGAAGGCUUGGGUUAGGGAAAUCUAAGGGGGGAAAAGCUUCUGCACCUGGUACACAUGUCAAUAACACUCAAAAUGUGCUUGUUGAAUCUCUUCCCCAAUUCUGUCUUCAAGCUCAAGAUCUCUUAGUUACCUCAGGACUGAUCAUCUAUAACUCAAACUGUUCUCACAAAAUAGUAUCUCCUCUUGACUUUCUUGUUCUUUUUAUAUCACCAUAUUCCCAAAUUACCCAACAGUAUUUUCAAAAUCCUCAAAUCACUAGAUGGAUGAAAAAAGUAUUAAAGCACCUACUUUGUGCCAGGUAUUAUGCUAAAUUCUGGGAAUAUAAAUACAAAAGUUGAAUUGAAGGUCACAUGAUCAAAAAGAUGGACUGGAUAGCUCCUCCAGACCCCACUAACUCAAAAAACCCCAAAAAUAUCAUAUGCCAGAAGUAGAGUAAUUAUACCUCUCUCUACAGACUAAGAAAGCAAGAAUCCUAACAAGAUAAUAGCUUUAUGAAUUAACAGUGAAGAAUAAUAUUGGGGGGGGGGGCAAUGAGGGUUAAGUGACUUGCCCAGGGUCACAUAGCUAGUAAGUGUCAAGUUUCUGAGUUCAAAUUUGAACUCAGGUCCUCCUGAAUCCAGGGCUGGUGCUGUUUCCAUGCCUUUUAAGAAAAGACAAAGCUUCUGACAUGGGCCAUUUUGAUUUCAACUCUCUAGAUUGCAUCAUGUGACUCCAGUAAGGAUGGGGAUGGAUGGAUUCUUCUUUAUUUUUUAUAAUGGUGACCUUGCCUUACCCACCCAACUCCAACAUGGAACAUGGUCUCGACUUGAAAGGCUUGUGGAGCUCAUGUAAACAAGUCAAUUUCCCUGCACUGGAAAUCUCAUAACCCACAUACAAUUCCUGUGCCAAAGCACCCCUGUAGUAGGAAAUAGAGUUCCCAUGUUCUACACACCAUCAAUAAAGUCAACGUAGUCAGUGGGGGGAAAAGUAGUAUUGAAUUUUGUUUUAUUAAUGCACACUUGAGUUUUUUGCUUGUUUAAACAUUUAGGCGUGUGGUGUGUGUGUGUGUGUGUGUGUGUGUGUGUGUGUGUGUUUGCACGCAUGUGUAAGAAUAAAUUAUCUGUCCUAAGCCCAAUUCUUAUUGGACAAGGAGUAUUUUUAGUCCCCUCCUUGUUCUACUGGAGGAUCUGGGUAUGGAGAGUUUACUGAGACAAUGAGUGUGAGGAAAGGGAGCCUAUCCCCUUUUGUUAAAGGAAGGCUCCUCUAAACUGAAUCCAGUUCACCCCAUGGGCAGAACAGAAAAGGUUUGGUAUUUCAGCCCUUGCAGUCCUACUGCAAUGCCUCAGGCUAGAGGAUAUUCUUCUCCUUGUGAAACCCACUCACUGGGAGGUGGGGAGAUAGCUAUUUAUCUAUUGAAAUGUACUCCUUCUUAACAACCUGCCCUUGAAUCCUUAGCUUUCUUCAAGAUUGAGCCUGGACUUGCCUCCUACUAAAAGCCUUAAGUCCCCCCCCCUUCCCAAUUCAUUAUUUCAGGACUGUCUCCCUCUUUGAAUUAAAUUGUGUUGAGGUAGACAUAUAAGCAAAUAAGCCCAGCUUCCUUGAAACUGAAAUGUCAUCCACAGAAACUGAAAUAGAUACAGAUUUUCAAUUUGCAGAAAUUCAUAUGUUCUGUUUUACAAAGUAUUUGCAAGGCAGGAGUGUGUUGACUUUUCUAUACCAUUGGGAAGACCUCUUAAUGGGUAUAAAUCUCUUGGAAUUCCUUGGAAAGACUUUAUU